AUGAAUCACCGAUUGUUGUUGUUAGCGCCGCUGACUAACCUCGCCGGACUCCUGACUCACUUGGCCUAUCUUUCCACCUACGUGAAAAGGCUGCCCGGGCAGGCGGAGCACGGGCACGCGGCGGGCGGCGGCGGCGGGGGCGGCGGCGCGGGCGGCGGGGCGGGCGCGGGCGCGACGCUGGCGUACGGCGGCAAGCCGGCGGGCGGCGCGGGCGCGGGCGUGCCGCAGCCGCGCGCGCCCGCCGCGCCCUACGCGCAGCCCUACCAGCCCGCGCAGUUGCGCCUGCACAACCCCGGCUACGGCUCCGCUGCACUCACAUACAGAGAUGGCAGCUACGGGCGUGGCGAAUACCGCGGCGGUGGCGGUCGCGUGUCGCUGCUGGGGGGCGCAUACCUGCCGCCCCCCGCGCCCCCUGCACACCAUCCACCCCCCGCGGAUCCCCCGCCCUUCAAGAAGAUCCGCCUCAGCGCCGAGCGACCUGCCACGCAUCACCCACAGUUGCGUGUCGAUACGCGGGAGCCGGUGUACAAUAUUGUGGAGGUGCUGUCACCGAAUCCGCCAUCGGAGCCGACGGUAGAAGAUCAGAGCUUCCGGACGACGAAAGAUGACUUGCUUCAGCAAAUAUCUAAGGUGGACCGCGAGAUGGCGCUGUCGGAGACGACGCUGCUGAAGCUGCGCAAGAAGGCGCGCGAGCUGGAGCAGACGGCCAGCAAGCCGGUGCGCGCGCCCGAGCCCGAGGAGGCGCCGCCACGCCACCGCAGCCUGCCGCAGUGCAUCUACGCCGACAACCGCAAGAAGGCGGCGGCCGCUCACGCUGCGCUGGCGGCGCUGGGCCCGGCGGCGCUGUACCCGCUGUACAACCAGCCGCAGGACACCGAGGUCUACCACCACAACAUACGCAAGCACCGCGUCUUCCGGAAGCGGCUCGCGGAACACAUACGCAGGAUAAAACUAGAGGCCGAGAAGCGAGAGGAUGCGUUAGCAGAAGAGUACAGCAGAAGAGCGGCAGAGUGGAUGCGCAGAGUCGAGAGGAUAGAACAGGGACAGAAGAGGAAAACUAAGGACGCGAGAAAUCGAGAAUUCUUUGAAAAGGUAUUCCCAGAGCUGCGCAAGCAGCGCGAGGAACGCGAGAGGUUCAACCGGCUGGGGGCGCGCGUCAAGUCGGAGGCCGAGCUGGAAGAGAUCGCUGACGGACUACACGAGCAGGAGCACGAGGACAAGAAGAUGCGCUCGCUCACCGUGGUGCCGCCCCUGCUGCGCGACCGCGAGCGCGCGCCGCCGGCGCUCACCAACCGUGAGUACCUGCUGCCACCGGCUGCCACCGGCUGCCACCUGCUGCCACCUGCACCGCAGCAGCACGAGGACAAGAAGAUGCGCUCGCUCACCGUGGUGCCGCCCCUGCUGCGCGACCGCGAGCGCGCGCCGCCGGCGCUCACCAACCGUGAGUACCUGCUGCCACCGGCUGCCACCGGCUGCCACCUGCUGCCACCUGCACCGCAACAGCACGAGGACAAGAAGAUGCGCUCGCUCACCGUGGUGCCGCCCCUGCUGCGCGACCGCGAGCGCGCGCCGCCGGCGCUCACCAACCGUGAGUACCUGCUGCCACCGGCUGCCACCGGCUGCCACCUGCUGCCACCUGCACCGCAGCAGCACGAGGACAAGAAGAUGCGCUCGCUCACCGUGGUGCCGCCCCUGCUGCGCGACCGCGAGCGCGCGCCGCCGGCGCUCACCAACCGUGAGUACCUGCUGCCACCGGCUGCCACCGGCUGCCACCUGCUGCCACCUGCACCGCAGCAGCACGAGGACAAGAAGAUGCGCUCGCUCACCGUGGUGCCGCCCCUGCUGCGCGACCGCGAGCGCGCGCCGCCGGCGCUCACCAACCGUGAGUACCUGCUGCCACCGGCUGCCACCGGCUGCCACCUGCUGCCACCUGCACCGCAGCAGCACGAGGACAAGAAGAUGCGCUCGCUCACCGUGGUGCCGCCCCUGCUGCGCGACCGCGAGCGCGCGCCGCCGGCGCUCACCAACCGUGAGUACCUGCUGCCACCGGCUGCCACCGGCUGCCACCUGCUGCCACCUGCACCGCAGCAGCACGAGGACAAGAAGAUGCGCUCGCUCACCGUGGUGCCGCCCCUGCUGUGCGACCGCGAGCGCGCGCCGCCGGCGCUCACCAACCUUCGUUGCAUGGACAUGGAGACGGAGCACAAAGAGCUGCAGAUGCGCAACGUCUGGUCCCAGGCCGAGCGCGAGCUGUUUCGCGAGAAGUACCUUCAGCAUCCCAAGAACUUCGGCCAGAUCGCCUCCUUUCUACCCAGAAAGAGCGUCAGGGAUUGCGUGAGAUUUUAUUACCUAUCGAAGAAGGCUGAAAACUACAAGCAGCUGCUCAGGAAGCCUCGGCAGCGGCGCUCCACUCGCAACCCGCCGCGGCCCGCUCCCGAGCCCGAGCUGCCCUCCGGCGUGCUCACUCGCCUGCAGCGCUCGCAAGGCACAUCUGUGCGGUCGACGGAUUCGAAGGAGACGGGUGCCGAGGAAAUGACGCCCGAACAAAUCAACCUCAUCCCGAUACCGCCGCAGCCGCAGCCGCAGAUGGACCAGUCAAUGGAACAAGGAGUGCAAAUGCAACAGGAGUUGCAGUUACAGCAGGAGCAUCAAAUGCAGCAAGAUCAACAGAUGCAACAGGGCCAACAGAUGCAACAGGACCAGCAACUACAGCAAAUGCAGCAAGGCCCUCCAUUGGAGCAGGUUCCAUUACCAGACUCCACGUUGCAGAUUAUGCAAACCGCAGAACCAGCACAACCACCAGUGCCUGCCAGGCCAGAAUUUACUCGGACACCACCGUUGCCGCCGUCUCCCCCGCCGGCGUCAUCUGCCCCGAUCCCGCCCGUCACGUCUACGUGCACGGCUACGGGCACGGGCACGGGCACGGGCACGGGCACGGGCACGGGCGCGGUCGCGAGUGUGGGCACGGUGACGAUCACGGUGACGCCCGUGGCGGGUAGCCCGGCGCCAGCGACGGGCAGCACGGCUGGUGGCGGCGCUGCGGCGGCGGCGGGCAGCCCGGCGCCGGACGCCACGCUGCUGGUGGCCGAGCUGCCGCCCGCCUCCGCGGCCGCUCCCGCGCCCGCCACCACGCCAACGUCCACACCCUACAACGGCGUUGCCACCAGCGUCGGCGUUAUCACUACGUCGUCGUCGUCGGCGUACGCGACAUCGUGCGCGCCGGCGUGUGGCGCGGCGGGCGCGGGGGGCGCGGGGGGCGCGGCGGGCAGCGCGCCGGCCACGCCGCAGCCAGCGCAGGCGCCCACGCCGGAGCCUGCUAAUGAACGAACGGGCACGCCGUCGUCGAGCAUUUCCGCGACGACGAUAACCAUCACGAGUACGGGCGCGAGUACGGGCACGGGUGCGGGCGCGUGCGCGACGUGCGUGCGGUCGUGCGGGGCGGGCGCUGCGGCGGUGACGGGCGCGGGCGGGGCGGCGGGCGCGGGCGGGGCGGCGGGCGCGUGCGAGGCGUGCCGCGGGCGCGCGCUGCGGGCGCGGGGCGGGCGCGGCCGCUGCGCCGUGCCGGCCUGCACGGGCCGCGCCAAGCGCCUGCGCCACCUGCCGCCGCGCUGGCACGACCUCGCGCCGGACCUCAAGCGCCCGCUGCUCGACGAGUUCCAGGUGCCCAGCGAGCUAAGCAAGUGCUGCGUGGCGUGCUUCAAGCGCAUCACGCGGCGGCUGGACGCGCUGGGCGAGGGCCCCACGCUGGGCGAGCCGGCCGAGGAGGAGGCCACGCGCUUCCGCGCGCUGCUGCGCGAGCACGGCGCCGCCUGGGAGCGCAUGGCGGCCGCCAGCGGCCGCUCCGCCGCCUCCCUGCGCGCCUUCUACUUCACGUUCCGCAAGCGGCUGCAGCUGGAGGCGGUGGAGGCGGGCGAGGCGGGGGAGGCGGGCGAGGCGGGCGAGCCGGACGCGGGCAGCGGCAGCGGCGACAGCGAGGCGGGCGGGGGGCCGCCGCCGCCGCCCGCGCCGCGCACCGACGCCGCCGCGCCGCGCCGCCCGCGCCGCGACGAGUACGACUCCUCCGCCACCGAGACCGCCGACGAGGAGAACGACGCGCCCGCCGCCAAGGCGGUGGCAACGUGUGCAUCCGCACCGCUGACAGUGCGCGAUGUGGUGCUGAACAUGAUCGAGGUGAGCCUGCUCAAGAACGCGCGGCCGCCGCACCACCAACACCACGCGCACCAUGCUUCCCACACCACCAAGGCGGCGGCGCACGAGUCGCUGGCGACGCUGACGGUGGUGGGGCCGCACGGCGCGCACGGCGCGCACGGGGCGCACGGUGGGCACGGGGCGCACGCGGCGCACGGCACGCACGGCACGCACGCGGCGCACGCGGCGCACGCACUGGCGCACGCGCACGUGUCGCAGGCGCCGCGCUCGCCGCACUCGCCGCACUCGCCGCACCGGCCCGCCACCAUCACGCCGCUGCCACCGCCCGACGACCGCCUCGACCGCCACGACCGCCACGAGCCGCUGCUCGACCUCAGCGUCAAGAGGCCGCGACUCGACUCCUUUCCGCAUCCCAACAAGCCGCCAACAUGUCGUACGCCAAAUGACUACACGUACCGUGCCCCAGAGCGGGAAUCGCCCACUUUGUACAACGCAAAAGCACGGACUUCCUUACCUGCCCGAACGCCUACAAAGGGCAACACGAAGGGUUCUAUAACGGCGGGCACGCCUUUAGGCGAGCGCUUCGAACCCAAAGCCGGCUCGAUCACAGCGGGGACACCAGUUUUGGGACCUCAUCAUGCACCUGAUAAGCGUCCCUUCGAUUCAUAUUUCAAAAGAAGAAGCCCAGGCGCUUAUUAUACGCAACCAAGGCCGCAGUCUCCAUCGCAAUUUUCUGCGUCGCCGGGCGGCGCGAACGCGGCGGCGGGUGUGGCGGCGAGCGGAGCGGCGGGCGGGGCGGGCGGCGGGGCGGGCGGCGGCGGGUACCACCUGGAGCGGCGCCAGAUCAUGCUGACGGACUUCAUCACGUCGCAGCAGAUGCACGGCGCGGCGCGGCGCGGCGCCGAGCCGGCGCGCCGCGACCACGACGCCGUGUCCGUCAUCACGCGCCACACGCACCAGCAUCCGCAUCAGCAUCCGCAUCCGCACCCGCACCAGCAUCCGCAUCCGCAUCAGCAGCAGCAUCAGCACCAGCACGCCUACCCCCAUCCGCAUCCGCCACCAGGUCACGAAGCGUUCACAUCACUUGUAAACGCAGCGUCAGCCGCCCCAGCGUUACCAGUACCGCGAGGGUCACAGCCAGAACCGAAGCCGGAACCCAAAUUACAUCCACAGCAUACACAACAUCCGCAGCACUCGCAGCAUUCGCAGCAUCCGCAACAUCCGCAGCAUCCUCAGCAUUCGCAGCACUCACAGCAUUCACAACAUCCGCAGCAUACGUUACAUACGCAACAUCAUGAGUUAAGGCAACAAAGAGAAUUUCCGUUAUCGCAAAAGUACCAGCAACCAAUGCAGUAUCAGCAAGAAAGAGAUCGCCGCACACUGCAGCCACAAUAUGAACCACAACGAGAACGUGCGUCAACGCAAAACAGAGAUCGGAACAUGGUAACGAUCCAAGAACGGCACUACGUAAUCGAGCAGCAUCAACAGCAUCCUCAACAUCCGCAGCAUACGCAGCAUCCGCAACACACGCAGCAUCCGCAACAUACGCAACAUCCGCAGCAACAACAGACGCAGAUUUUGCAUGAUCGACAUCAUUUGCAACACGCACAGAGUGUAGCCAGCGCGGAGGAAAGACGAACGUCGGCAGUGUAUAGCGCGCCCAAACAUCGCGCGUUAGCUACGCACAUGCUCGACAGGAAAGACCCAAGAACGACAGUGAGCUGCACGCCAAGCGUGGUGAGUUCUGUGAGCGUGAGCGCGGCGAGCAGCACUAGCAUAACGGGUGGAGUGGGAAGCGUGGGCGUGGGCGGCGUGGGCAGCGUGGGCGUGGGCGGCGUUGGCGCGGGCGGCGUGGGCGUGGGCGGCGUGGCGGCGGGCGCGGCGUCCGAGGCGCGCGGGCUGCCCGUGGACGGCAAGCUCACGGCCGCCUCACUCAUCAACGCCAUCAUCACGCACCAGAUCAACCAGAACAGCGACCAACGGUUUCCGAUGCGGGACGAGGGCAGCGCCGUACCAUGCAGUGUGGCAGCCAGCGCGCCGCCCGCCGUCCCGCCGCCCGCCCCGCCCGCCGCCGCCUCGCCCGCCGCGCGCACGCCCACGCCCGCCGAGCGAGAGCGAGAGCGCGAGCGCGAGCGGGAGAGAGAGCGAGAGAGAGAGGAGGCUAGCGUGGCGCAUACCACCAGCAUCAAGCUCGGCGACCUCGCCUCCAACAUUAUCACCAGGGACUUCUGCAGCCCCACCACCUCCUUGCAACACCAUAAUAAUCGAUUCGCGAUAGGGUCGGAAGCGUACAGCGCAGUGUCGUGCGGCAGCAGCGUGAGCGGGGCGGGCAGCGUGGUGACGAGCGGGGCGGGCGGCGGGGCGGCCGGCGCGCCCGACGACUGGCGCCGCGACGCGCCCAAGCAUGCGCCAUACCUCGAGCCCGUCUCACCGCCUGAUACUCAUCACUCCAGAGGCGGCGGCGCGCGGCGCUACAGCGGGGUGGGGGUGGGCGUGGGCGUGGGCGUGGGCGUGGCGGGCGGCGUGCUGACGGCGUACGACUACGUGACCAACCGCAUCGUGGAGGUGAUGCGCAGCGACGCGGACGAGCGCGCUAAGCCGCUGCCCUUCCCCACCGCCUACGCGUACCCCUUCUCCGCGCUCAACGUCGCCGCGGCUGCAGACGGCGCAACGGCAGCGGCAGUGAGCGCGGCGGCCGGGGCGGGCGGGGCGGCGCCGGCCGCGCCCGCCGCGCCGCCGCCGCCCGAGCCCGCGCCGCUCAUGUCGGCGCAGUACGAGCCGCUCUCCGACGAGGACUGA